AUGCCAGAAGUUCCGAAAUUUAAGAGAUAUGACAGAGUCAAGGUGAGCUAUGAGGGUCACCUGUACACGGCAGAGGUCAAGAAUGUCAACUCCGGCGUGAAUCCUCCCAAGUACGUGAUCAGGCUCACCGGCGUUGAGACAAGGUCAGAAGAUGGAAAACUACUCGGAUGGCUUGAUCUCAGUGGGGGUCUGCAGUUUGAGGUCAACGAAUCCAAACUACUCCGGAUCGAUGCCUAG